AUGGCUGGGAGGAAGAAGGUGAAGCUAGCCUACAUCAUGAACGACGCAAGUCGAAAAACGUCAUACAAUAAAAGGAAGAACGGCUUCAUUAAGAAGAUGCAUGAAAUCAAUAUUCUUUGUGAUGUUCCAGUAUGUGGUAUUAUGUACAGUCCAUAUGAGUCUCAACCUGUUGUCUGGCCCAAUCUUUUGGAAACGCAACGCCUCAUCACCAAGUUUAGGAGCAUGCCCGAGGCAGAGCGGAAUAAGAAGAUGGUGACCCAUGAGAUGUUUUUGAAGCAGAGGAUUGAAAAGGAGCAGGAGAAGCUGAACAAGCUGAAGAAAGAGAACCGGGAGAAGCAAAUUCGGAUGCUCAUGAACCAGUGUCUUACUGGAAGGCCCCUGAUUGGCUUGGACUUAAACGAUUUGAACGAUAUGGAGUGUAUGAUCAAGGAGUGCGUGACAGAGAUUGUCGCACAGAUCAAGAGCCGGAAGGAGGAGAAUCUGGCGGAGAGGAACCAACCCCAAGUUGCACGUACACAAGUGCUAGCACCCUCAACUGAUCAGAACAUGCAUGCAGCAAUGGAAACACAAAUGUUUGAUCUAAACAACAUGGACGCCAUGCAGACGGCUCCAUGGUUCGUAGGGGACGUGUCAAACCAACAUUUCGGCUAUGUUGAUGAUCAGAUCCCGCCCCUUUAA